AUGAGAUUGAAAGAAGAUACUAUUGGUGUAACUGGUCAAAAUCAUGCAUCAAUUAUAGAGUUGAUACAAGAAAAUAACAGUGGUGAUGAUGAAAUAGAGCAAGUGAAAUUGCCAUUACUUGUAUAUGUUUCCCGGGAGAAAAAGCCGUCUCGUCCUCAUAAUUUCAAAGCCGGAGCGCUCAAUGUCCUUUAUCGCGCCUCGGCAGUGAUUAGCAAUUCUCCAUAUAUUCUAGUGUUGGAUUGUGACAUGUUCUGCAGUAAGCCAAAUUCAGCAAGACAGGCAAUGUGUUUCCACCUUGAUCCCAAGAUAUCACCUUCACUUGCUUUUGUUCAAUUCCCUCAGAAAUUUCACAACAUAAGCAUCAAUGACAUAUAUGACAGUCAGUACAGAUCAGCAUAUAAAGUCUUAUGGCAAGGUAUGGAUGGACUUCAGGGACCCUUAUUGUCUGGCACAGGAUUCUAUCUGAAAAGACAAUCAUUAUAUGGAAAUUACAAAACUAAAGACACUGAUUUUGAACUCCAAGAAUAUGUUGGAAAAUCCAAUGAAUUCAUCAAGUCCUUAAAGCAAAAUAGCAUUUCAAAUUUGAUCACUGUUGGGAAUGCAUUGCCUAUAGAAGAAACUUUGCAUUUGGCUUCUUGUAAUUAUGAAAAUGGAACUAAAUGGGGUAAAGAGGUUGGAUUUUUGUAUGGUACUGUAUGUGAAGAUGUUCACACUGGAAUCAUGCUAAAUUGCAACGGUUGGAACUCAGUUUUAUGUGAUCCACCUAAGCCACAGUUCCUUGGAAAUAGUACCACAAACUUGAAUGAUUUACUAAUUCAAGGCUUAAGAUGGAGCUCUGGAUUGCUUGAAAAUGGUUUGGUCAAUAUUUGUCCCCUCAUAAAUUGUCCUUUAAGGAGAAUGUCUCUACUUCAUAGAUUUUGUCUUGCAAACCUUACAUGGUUCCCUCUAUAUUGUUUGCCUCUUUGGUGUUUUGCUCUUGUCCCUCAGAUUUGUCUACUCUCCGGAACUCCUCUAUACCCUAAGGUGUCGGAACCAUUUUUCUUUGUUUUUGCAUUCAUCUAUGUAUCGGCUCACGCUAAAUUUUUAUUUGAAGUCGUCUCGACCGGAGGAACAUUCGGAAAAUUCAUAAUAGAGCAAAGGAUGUGGAUGAUGAGAACAACCACAUGUCAUCUAUAUGGACUAUUAGAUUGUAUAAUGAAGAAAUUUGGUUUAAGAGAGGCUAGUUUCAUGCCAACAAAUAAAGUGAAAGAUGAGGAACAAACAAUGCUUUAUCAAAGUGACAAAUAUGACUUUAGAACAUCAAAUAUGUUUCUUGUACCAAUGGUUUCACUCAUGAUUAUCAACAUAUUUUGUUUUGUGAGUGGCAUCUAUAGAGUGUUGUGUUUGGGAGAAUUGGACAAGAUGUUCAUACAGCUUUUCCUUAUGGGUUAUAUCAUUUUUGUGAACUAUCCAAUCAUUGAAGGGGCUGUUAUAAGGAAAGAUAAAGGGAGAAUUUCUACUUCAGUAUUUGUGACAUCUAAUGUCUUGGCUACAAUUAUCACUUGUGCACUUUACCCUUUACUAAGGAAGGUAUAA